AUGUCACCGUUGAUGAAGCUCUGCGAUUCCAUAGAUGCUGACGAACUACCUGAUGGACCAAUAGGGAAGCUGUUGAAGCGGCGGAAAAGGCCUGGGCUUCUACCGUCAAUACCGCGAGGAGUUUCGUCGUCAGUAAAAGAGUCAUUGCUGGAAGGAUGGCUUCUAGCGGCCAAGACAACCGGUAGCUCCACGGAUUUCCGUGGUUUGCUAAUGAGUUACGUACAGCAGCUCGUCAGAAACAGAUCACUCUCCAAGCUGACCGACGUUCUUCAUGACCUAAGUGAACCGGGAAGCAUUUGUGGUGUGCAACGCGGUGCUCUGCGGGCAGAUUUGGAGCGUAUCAUAGCCUCAGAUCCAAUAACGGCAUCACUUUUAUCGUCAAAGGAUCUUACUAGUUUGGUGUUCUAG